UUUUCCAGUCGGUCAGGAAGAGGAGAAAGGCGGACACAGAAACAUCAAGCGAUGGCUGCUAUCAGGAAGAAGCUGGUGAUAGUUGGCGAUGGUGCGUGUGGUAAGACCUGUCUGCUCAUCGUCUUCAGUAAGGAUCAGUUCCCGGAGGUCUACGUCCCAACUGUGUUUGAGAACUAUGUGGCAGACAUUGAAGUGGAUGGGAAACAGGUGGAGCUAGCACUCUGGGAUACAGCAGGUCAGGAAGACUACGACAGACUGAGGCCUCUCUCCUACCCUGACACUGAUGUCAUCCUUAUGUGCUUCUCUGUAGACAGCCCUGAUAGUUUAGAGAAUAUUCCAGAAAAGUGGACACCAGAAGUCAAACACUUCUGUCCCAAUGUUCCCAUCAUCUUAGUGGGUAAUAAAAAAGAUCUGCGCAAUGAUGACCACACCAGACGAGAACUUGCCAAAAUGAAACAGGAACCAGUUAAAUAUGAAGAUGGCAAAGAGAUGGCGAACCGCAUCAGUGCCUACGGCUACCAAGAGUGUUCUGCCAAAACCAAAGAUGGUGUGAGGGAAGUCUUUGAGAUGGCAACUAGGGCAGCACUGCAGGCCAAGAAACGUGGCAAGAAGUCCACUUGCCUUCUGUUAUAGGCUCUGGGAGAAGAGGAAGCUGCCCUCAAGCACAGAUGGAGAGGGCAGCUUCCAUUGAGAUUUGACAUAGGGGAGGUUAUUGGGGAGGGCUCAGAAAAGUUAUACGGAUGCUCAAUUUCUGAUCACCCAAUUUCCCUCAUAAAAUUAAAGGGCAUCUGAAAGAAUUUGAUAGGAUUCUACACCUUGGUCCUUAGUCUGUAAAUUAGGUUAUGUGCCAUGUUGAUUGUGUCUAUCAAAAACUUUGAGAUCUGAUGGGCAGAUGGUGGGUGGUGAUUUGAAGUUGAGUAGAUGUAAACAGGGGUUAAAAUGUGCCAUGAUGGGAAUGAAGAGAGAAAAGGUCCUUACCAGGCCAAAGACAAUGGGGACACAAAAAAAGACAAGAAAAAAGAUAAAUACAAGAUGAUACGGAUUGAAUUAAGACAAGUGGGUCUUACACAGUAUCGCCUACAUGUAGUGCCUUGAGAGCAGUGGUCAGGAAGAGUAAGGUGAGGGAUGGGGAUUCAUAACCUAGAUGGGGUAUUAUGUCAUUUGUAGUGUUCAAACCUUACGUUUGUGAAUGCUUCUCCCUGUCAUUGGCUUGGCUCCUUCAGGCCCAUGUUCUGACUCAGGCACUAUGCAGGGGUAUGCCUAAAAUAGAUUGUAUGAGAUAUUUUCCCAUACUGAAUUACUUACCUGUGUGUGUGUGUGUGUGUGCGUGCGUGCGUGUGUGUGUGUGCGUGUGUGCGUGUGUGUGUGUUUGCGCAUCUGUAUGGUGGUUUGUUUUCUCCAGUGCAGGUCUGCAUGCAGUGAAUGUGUGUAUAUUUGUGUGGGUGUGUAUUAACAUGUGUCUAUGUACUGUAUGCAUGGAAAGGCCUUCUGCGUCACUGACCUAACCCCUUGUUUCCAUGCCAAAGUUACCCCUGACGGCCACAUUUUUUGGCUCAGAUGGGUAAUGGAAUUAACAGUUACUCAGAGUGACAUAGAAACCUUCACUUUACUGGAAGAAAUUGUACUAUAGCUAGAGGCACAAUCAGGUUAAACAUACUGAGUUUUUAGGACCUUUUUUGUGUAUACAAGAGAUUCAUUUAAUUGUGUUAAUCAGUGGGUCAAAUCAUGAGUGGUGUAGUUGGUAAGUUGAAUAUUAUUUCAGUUAGAUUAUAGGCUUAUUACUAUAAUGUUCAUAAUGUACUGUAUGUCUUACAAGGCCUUGUAAGGACAUGUUAAUGAUGUGUAUUUCAAGUUUGCCUUUUGCUCCUCAGCCCCCUUUAAUGAUAUUGUAUUAUAACUUUUUAAUGUUGUUGUCUCUGAUUUUCUUAGUAUAUUUUAAUCAUUUACUUAAUCCUGCUGUUAUGAUCAGCUUAUGAUAAACUGUAACCAUAGUAAUGUGUCAUUAGUUUUAAUUGAAGGUCAAGCUUGGGGUGCGAGGCUGAAGGUUUUUGGGGGUGGGUUCCUAGAUGACUUUUUUUUUCCUCUUUGUUUUUUGUACUGUGACAUCUUGGGAUUUCUGGAUUUUUUUGUUUUAUCAAAUAAAGCUGGUAUUAGGGUUUUCUGUU